GAAGGUAUGCUGUACUGAGAGGAUAGGAAUGAAGAUGGAUGGGGGGACAGGGGGAACUUCAGGUCCGUGGGAUCUGUCUGCCUGUCUGUCUUUGUGAGUGGAGUGGCAGGCAAGUGCAAGGUGGUGUGUACCCAGGCACACUGUACUGGGGAGGAGCUGAGGUACUGCCCCAGCAUUGACCUGCCUGCCUGCCCAUCUACCUGCUUGCCCACCCUCCCCUGCAUUUGGACUGGAGAGGCUCACUCCUCCACUGGACAGGAGCCAGAGAACUUGGGCAAAUCAACUUACUACGAAGAAGGGAGCCAGCUGGCCAGCCUAACUCCAACACAGCCUUGGUGGAUCAGGUACCAGUUUUGAGCCUUGGAAAGGAGACACUUCUAGAGCUUGGCAGAGAAAGACCCCAUCAGCAUACCAUCCUGACAACCUCCUUCCCUUCCUCCAUUGAUAGCUGAUCUCCUGUUGCCUCCCUUUGGGGAGGAGCUGCCUCACUGGUGCUCCAUCCGUUUAUGAUGGUAAUGGGGGCUAUAAACUGACACUGGAAAGCUCAACAUUCUGACUAAGCCGGGAGGGGCCAAAGGAAAAAGGAGCGGAAGAUUGGAGAGGGUCUGAUGAUGGGGAGCUCUCUGGUUGGACCUGUUGAUUCUCUGACUUGGAAGGAGGAAGUCAGGGGUACUGCCAGUACCCUUGGAGGGACCAUCACUUACUGGUGAUUGUUCUCCCUUCCCCUGCCCUUCAGUGGCUUGGGAAGCUGGAGCCUCCUUAUCAGGGUAAUUAGCAGCAGACCCUGGACUGAGACUGGCCUCUGUCUCAAUAACUGCUUCCCUGCCGAGUGGAUCCUGCCUGCUGUGCACCACACAUACCAGCUGUGCACCCUGACCCUGUGGGGGGAGGGGACGGGAGAAAGGAGCAAGGUGGGGGUGGGCAUAGAUCUUCAAUGUCUUGGGCACUGAACUUAAUCAGCACAGUGACAGGCCAGAGGGUCAGGGGCACUGAGGCGAUUGCUUGCCCAGCUUUUCCUUCUACCUAUUCUCCAGCUGUCACGGGAAAGGUACUUGGGCCCCAGUCUCUGGACACUGAGGUCUAGGGCUUCAGGAACCAGAACUGGGGAGCUUUGGGGAGGGGGGAAGGCAGAUAGUGACCAGUUCCCAGACUAGGAUUGAGUCAUUUGGAUAGACUGCUUCCUGGACCCCAGCCUUCUCCACAGAUUUGUCUAGGUAGCACUGUUGAGAGCCAGAGUCAGCACUAUGGAGGCAGUUUCUUGCCUUUGGGGCCAAAGGCUCGGAUUAUGGAGCAGCUAAUUGAACAAUAGCUACAGCGAGAUCCCAAGGAGGAGUAGGUGUUGGGCAGGGGAUGCCCUCGGAGAGCUUGGAUCAGGCCACCAGCCUCAUCCCUUGGGUCCAGGCCCAGGCUAGCCUGUUCCCUCCCCUCCCUUACUCUAACUUAUCCCACCCCACCCGGAGGCAGCCCUUCACCAUGGCUGAACAUCUGGAGCUCCUGGCAGAAAUGCCCAUGGUGGGCAGGAUGGGUACCCAAGAACGACUUAAGCAUGCACAGAAGAGGCGGGCCCAACAACUGAAGAAGUGGGCCCAGACUGAGAAGGAGGCCCAGGGCAAGAAGGGCCAUGUGGAAAAGAAGCGUAAAACCACUGCUGUAAUCAAGGAGAAAUGCGUACUCUUCCCCCCGAGUAUCACCUUGCUGGAAGCAGCGGCACGCAAUGACCUGGAAGAAGUCCGACAGUUCCUUCAGAAUGGUGUGAGCCCCAAUUUGUGCAACGAGGAUGGCCUUACUGCCCUGCACCAGUGCUGCAUCGAUGACUACGGGGAGAUGGUGCAGCAGCUUCUCGAGGCUGGGGCUGAUGUGAACUCCUGUGACAGCGAACUUUGGACGCCCCUACAUGCUGCUGCCACUUGUGGCCACCUCCACCUCGUGGAGCUGCUUAUUUCCAAUGGUGCCAACCUUCUGGCCAUCAAUACGGAUGGGAACAUGCCUUAUGACCUGUGUGAGGAUGAGUUGACUUUGGACUCCAUUGAGACAGCUAUGGCUGAGCAAGGCAUCACUCAGGAGAGUAUCGAGGAGGCACGGAGAGUGCCAGAGCUGCACAUGGUGGAAGAUAUCCAGAGCCUGCUCCAGGCUGGGGCUGACAUCAAUGCUCCCCAGGAUCAUGGGGCCACACUGUUGCACAUUGCCUCAGCCAAUGGCUACCUGGAGGCAGCUGAGCUGUUGCUGGAGCACAAGGCCAACUUGAACGCCAAGGACCAAGAUGGUUGGGAGCCAUUGCAUGCAGCAGCCUGCUGGGGCCAGGUUCAUCUAGUGGAGCUGCUGGUGGCCCAUGGAGCUGAUCUGAAUGGGAAGUCACUGCUGGAUGAGACGCCCCUGGAUGUGUGUGGGGAUGAAGAGAUGCGGGCCAAGCUGCUGGAGCUUAAGCACAAGCAUGAAGCCAUCAUGCGCUCCCAUGACCGCCACAGGGGCUCAGGCUCCCUGCUACAAAGACGAACGUCCAGUGCAGGCAGCCGAGGGAAGGUUGUACGAAGAGUGAGUGUGACAGAGCGCACCCACCUAUACCGUAAAGAACAUGCCCGUGAGGCCAUAGUGUGGCAACAGCAGCCAUCCACUGCCGCUGAACCCCCAGAAGAGGAUGAGGAUAAGCAGACAGAUGCUGAGCUCCAGCCACAGGCUGUGGAGAUAGACCCCGAGGCAUUGAGACAUCGAAAUGGCAGUGCAGGGGCAGCCCCAGGGCCCCCCAGCAGGCACCUGUAUUCCAAGAGGCUGGACCGAAGUGUCUCCUACCAUCUGGCCACACAGGAGCCGCCUGUGCCUGGACCCCUCACUCGGGACAAGGCACAUCAUACGCUGGCUGACCUCAAGCGUCAGCGGGCUGCCGCCAAGCUGCAGCGUCCUGUGGCUGAGGACCUCGGGGAAUCAGGGGGGAAAGGCCCACCCUGUGCUGAAACCCAGCACUCUGGAAUCCCUCAAACACCAGUCUACUACACCUCAGCAAGUGGGGACCCUCCCCUGUUGAAACUGACUGCCCCUGCUGAGGAGGCCCCCGCUGAGAAGAGGCCCUGCUGUGGGAUCAUGUGAGGUGGACAGGAGUCAUCAGGUCUUAGAGGCCAGCUGGCCUGUUUCCCCUCUCUCCCUCCUCUAUUUCCCAGGGAAAGGGAAUGGAGUUACUCCCCCGACACGUCUCCAGUGAAGAUCUGAGGCAUCGUCUUAGGCACAGGGGCAUUGUUGGGCAGUGGCCUGGCUCACUUCAGCCCAGUUCAUUCUUUCCUCCCACUUGGCAGUGGUUGGGCUAAUGGCAAUGACUGGCCAAGGAGUGAGGCUUGGGGCCCCAACCUGCAGUUGGCCUUAUAUCUCUUGGGCCUGAAGGUUCUAUAUUUAGGCCACUUCACCUCCCUAGCUUUGGGUCCUAGAGUAGGGGUGGGCUGAAGCCCAGCUCAUCUCCUCAUUUCUGUCCUGGGGGAGCCAGGGGAAUCCUCUCCCCUCAGGUUCACCCUUGCCUUAUCCUUGCCAACCCCCCUCCUGGCAGCUUCAGAACAGAGCAUCCAGAGUCGGGGGGGAGUGGCAUUGAGGCCUUGGUAGGAGAAGCCCUCACCGAGGCUCCUGUCUCAGGUUCAGACCCCUUUGGGGACAGAUGCCCUGGGUUUGGGGCAAGGGAGUGGGGGAGUCCAUAUUUUUAUUCUGUGAAACUUGAUAAAGGAAUUUUCUGCCA